AUGGCCGGGUCGUCCCAUGAUCUGGACCCCGCCCCGACCCCCGCCCAGCAAAAAAUCAUCGACCUGGAGAACAAGCACGGCGCCCACAACUACCACCCCAUCCCCGUGGUGCUGACCCGCGGCGAGGGCGUUUUCAUGUGGGACGUGGAGGGCAAGCGCUACUACGACUUCCUGGCAGGCUACUCGGCGGUGAACCAGGGGCACUGCCACCCCAAGAUCAUCCGUGCCCUGAUCGACCAGGCCCAGAAGCUGACGCUCACCUCCCGCGCCUUCUUCAAUGACUGCCUGGGCGAGUACGAGGAGUACAUCACCGGCCUGCUGGGCUAUGACAAGGUCCUGCCCAUGAACACGGGGGUGGAGGGCGGCGAAACCGCCGUCAAGCUGGCCAGGCGCUGGGGGUAUAGCGUGAAGGGCGUGCCCAAGAACCAGGCCAAGAUCCUGUUUGCGCGCGAGAACUUCUGGGGCCGCACCACCACUGCCAUCUCCUCCUCCACCGACCCGGAGAGCUACGAGGGCUUCGGCCCCUACAUGCCCGGCUUUGAGAUCAUCCCCUACAACGACCUGGGUGCCCUGGAGGCUGCGCUGGAGGCCGACCCCAACAUCGUGGCCUUCAUGGUGGAGCCCAUCCAGGGCGAGGCCGGCGUGGUUGUCCCCGACCCCGGCUACCUGGCCAAGGCCAAGGCCCUGCUGCAGAAGCACCGCGCGCUGCUGAUCGCGGACGAGGUCCAGACGGGGCUGUGCCGCACGGGCAAGAUGAUGGCCUACCAGCACGACGACGUCCGCCCCGACAUGCUCAUCCUGGGCAAGGCGCUGUCGGGCGGGACCAUGCCCAUCUCCGCCGUCCUGGCGGACGACGAGGUGAUGCUGGGCAUCGGGCGCGGGCAGCACGGCUCCACCUUUGGCGGCAACCCCCUGGCCGCCAAGGUGGCCGUCGCCUCGCUCCGCGUGCUGGUGGACGAGGGCCUGGCAGAGGCCUCGGCGCGUCUGGGCGAGUCCUUCCGCGCCCAGCUGCGCGCCAUCGACACCCCGCUGCUGGAGUCGGUGCGCGGCAAGGGCCUGCUCAACGCCAUCGUCAUCGACGAGAGCAAGGGCUGCUCCGCCUGGGAGCUGUGCCUGGACCUGGCGCGCCGCGGCUUCCUCACCAAGCCCACGCACGGCAACAUCAUCCGCCUCGCCCCCCCGCUCGUCAUCUCCGAGGAGCAGCUGAAGGAGGCGGCCGGCAUCCUGCGCGAGGCACUGCUCGCCAACACCAAGGCUUAG